CCUCCCGCACGCCUCCUCCUCUCUCCCUCCCUCCCGCAGCCGCCUCCCUCCCUCCCGCGCGCCUCCUCUCCUCCCCCCGCCUCCCGCAGCCACAUCGCCGCCGCCGCCACCCGCCUCCCCACUCGGGCGAACCCCUCUCCUCUUCCCCCGCCUCGCCUCUCUCCCUUCCCCCGUCCAAACCCUAGGCCCGCGCCCGCCAGCCGCCGCCGCCGCCGCUCGCCCAGGCCAUCCUCCCGCUGUGAAGGAAGCGGCCAGAGAGGAAGGGCGUCGCCGGGUGUGCAUGUGCCUCCGCGGAUUCGUGCCACGGUUGCCGGAGGCGUGGGCGCCGCGGGUCACCUCUCCAGAUCGGUGGAGGCCAAGGGCAAGGGCAAGGAGGAGGGGAGAAGAAGACCUUCGGCCAGCUGCGGGAAGCCGGCGCUGGCGUCCUCCGCGGCAUCCACCGGCGCCGGUGGCGGGCAGAAGCGCCAGUGCCACGACCACGCGCACUCCGAGAACGUCGCCGGCGGAAAGUACGGCCGGCUUCGUCUGCUCCAAGCGCAGGAAGUCCCGGGUUCGGCGGAUGACUCGCGUGCCGGCAAUCAGCUCGAAGGCGGCGGAUAUCCCCGCGGACGACUUCUCGUGGCGCAAGUACGGGCAGAAGCUGCCUGUGGAGAAUGCCCUGGACUCAGCAGUUGACGUAACUCGGUUGAGCUGCGGUGCACUAUAUUUAGCUGAUUUUAUUGGGAAGUGUAAGCAGACCCUUGAGCAAGAGAGCAACAUGACUGCUAGCUUCCCUAUAAGUUCAGCUGCAUUACAGGAGAUGGAUACGAAGUCCUCGGAGGAGGAAUACAAAGCUCUACAAGGUGAUGGAGCUGGAGAUGUGUAUUUCCAGUCUCUUGAAGAACGAAUCAUUAAUAUGAAGAAGAAACGCUUACAAAAAGAAGAAAGAGACCUGGUUUGCCUUCCUUGCUGGCGUCCUUGUCAUCUCCAACCCGCCCACGGGGUGCUCAAGGGGUUCGGCCAAGUCGGAUGCCAGGCGGUGCGCGCAGCUGAGGAGCACUGGCAGCAGGCGCUUGAUGCGGCGCUCCCCGCGUCGCCGCUGCUCAUUCGCGGCUCCUCCUCCUCCCCAACGGAUCACGACUGAACCUUCCUUGUGCCAGCACCUCGUGGCCAUGAAGGGUGGCUGAGCCAUCAGGAGCGGCGGCGGCGGCCUGCUGCGGAUGCUGCUGCGGCUCCCUCCUCUUCCUCGCCGGCUUCUACCUGCUUUGUGCCGACGCCAUGUACAUCGUGUCAUCCCGGUGCUUCUGCUUUCCCGGGUCGCAACUCUUUGGUGUGCUCGACAAGGCCAGGACACACAUUCUGGAGAGCUCCUUGGUCAGUCCAUCACGAGAACCGGCAGCUACCGGAUUCCUUUUGUGCUGCUGGAAAGGAGGCACAUUGUUCCCAUGCUCGUGCUCUAUGGGUAGAAGCUGCAAAUUCUGGAGGUAUCAGACGAGGGUAUUCGAAGAAGACACCAUGAAUGGCAGCAGACUCUACCGCUUCCAUUACAAUGGUAUUUGAAAAAGAUACCACCUUGUGGCCUUUCCUGUUUCCUGUGACUACGACUUCCAACUCUUUAACUGGGUUGGUGUCAAAAGAAAUUCUGUAACAGAGACACAAUAAAAUAAAUUGGUACAACUAUAUGGAUUCCUUGGUAAGCUCAUGAUUCAUCUGGCUAAGCAGUCUUAGUAGACCGCCAAUGUUGUGUUAUUAAGAUGCAGGUUUCAAUAACCUUCAUGUUUGCGGCUAAAAUAAUGUAGUUAUCUCGGUAGUCUAGGUAGAUUGAAAUAAUUGUUUAUCCUUGAAGCAAAUCAACUAAACAACUGCCAGUAGAUGAUGAGGUGCCUUCUGCAAACAAAAAAGCUAAGCUCUAAGCGAGUAUUUUUAGGCGACCUAUCUUUUUCGGUGAUUUGUUUAAUCCUUCCUCUGCUCAAUUGAUGUGAACCACAAACCUUGCUCUGCUAAAUUGAUGUGAACCACAAUCCUUGCUCUGCUCAAUUGAUCUUCCCAGCAAAUCAAUGAACAUGUGCCCAUAGGGACACAGUCAAAGGUAUCUGAAGACCUGAUGGGAAAUGAGGAGGUGCCCUUUGCAACUAAAAAGACUAAGUUGGAGACCAAGUGCCCUUAGGCAACGCGCCCUUUUGGAUCGUAGCGUAUUAGUUGCGGAUGUGCAGAAAAUGCUGAUUUAGCGGAUGGAUUGCCUUUUCCAUCUGGGAUCGCUUUUGUUGCGACCUGUCGCUUAUAAUAGAGUGAUCUGUUUUGCUGAUCCUGGCCAAGUGGAAUCUACUGUCUGUCAAUGUCCAAAUGCUGCAGUCAGUAGUUAGUGUGACAUGGAUCUUGACUAAUGUAUCCCAUCAGUUUAGCCGUGUGUUGCUAGCUGAUGUGAAAGUAUGUGUGAUUACCAUACUUAUUAUGAUUAUGGAUGUUGCUACAUGUUUCAUUAGCUAAAUUUUACCUAUGCAUUCUGCCUGUGGAUGCCAUUUCCUC